CGCCGCGGCGGCGCGGCGGGGCCGCGGGGCUCGUUCUGGAGGGCAGAAGUCUGAAAUCAAGAUGUCAGCAGGGCCACACCCCCUCUGAAGGCUCAAGGGGCUUUGCUUCUUCCAGCUCCUGGUGGCUCCAGAGAAUAGACGCUUGUUUCUAUCUGACCAAUAUCACCAAAUAGUCACACCAUAAAACAGAUUUCCUGUCAUUGGUGUCACCAGUGGGGAAUAACUUACUGACCACAACUCUUGAAGAUCCCAAAUCAGACGUGGCGAAGAACCAGAAAUAAACAAAAACAGUGAGUUUCAGACUCAGAAGAGGAAGGCGUUGUUCUAUGGCUGCUUGGAGUUUAUUCCAGGGACCAAGACACAGAUAUGCCUGGGGUUGAACAGUCUCUGAGGAAGAUGAAGUCCUCAGUACAUUCUGAAGAGGAUGAUUUUGUUCCAGAACUGCACAGGAAUGUUCAUCCCCGAGAGCGGCCUGAUUGGGAAGAAACACUUAGUGCGAUGGCAAGAGGAGCAGAUGUGCCAGAGAUUCCUGGAGAUCUUACUCUUAAGACAUGUGGCAGUACAGCCAGUAUGAAGGUUAAACAUGUGAAAAAGUCCACUGCUCCAGGACUGAUGGGCUGUGACAACAUUCACAGGUUACCCUUCACUAAAGGUCACUUUCCAAGGAUGGCUGAAUGUGCGCAUUUCCAUUAUGAGAACGUUGAGUUUGGCAGCAUACAGCUUUCACUUUCAGAAGAACAGAAUGAAGUAAUGAAAAAUGGCUGUGAAUCUAAAGAGCUGGUCUACCUCGUGCAGAUUGCUUGUCAGGGCAAAAGUUGGAUUGUUAAAAGAAGUUAUGAAGAUUUUCGGGUACUUGAUAAACAUCUUCAUCUUUGUAUUUAUGACCGAAGAUUCUCCCAGCUCUCAGAGCUUCCCCGUUCUGAUACCUUGAAGGACAGCCCAGAGUCUGUCUCUCAGAUGCUUAUGGCUUACCUAUCACGCCUUUCAGCUAUUGCGGGCAACAAGAUCAACUGUGGGCCUGCUCUCACCUGGAUGGAGAUCGAUAAUAAGGGUAAUCACCUUCUAGUUCACGAGGAAUCAUCCAUCAACACUCCUGCAGUCGGUGCUGCUCACGUCAUAAAGAGGUACACUGCUCGGGCUCCCGAUGAAUUGACCUUAGAGGUGGGAGACAUCGUUUCUGUUAUUGACAUGCCCCCCAAAGUGCUAAGCACUUGGUGGCGAGGCAAGCACGGAUUCCAGGUGGGACUCUUCCCUGGACACUGUGUUGAGUUAAUUAACCAGAAAGUUCCCCAGUCAGUGACCAACUCAGUGCCAAAACCAGUGUCUAAAAAGCACGGCAAGCUCAUUACUUUCCUACGAACAUUCAUGAAGUCUCGUCCAACAAAGCAGAAGCUGAAGCAACGGGGAAUCUUGAAAGAGAGGGUAUUUGGCUGUGACCUGGGGGAGCACCUUCUGAAUUCUGGUUUUGAAGUGCCCCAGGUUCUUCAAAGCUGCACAGCAUUCAUUGAGAGAUAUGGCAUCGUGGAUGGAAUAUAUCGUCUCUCUGGCGUUGCCUCCAAUAUCCAGAGACUACGUCAUGAAUUUGACUCUGAGCAUGUCCCCGACCUGACAAAAGAGCCGUAUGUCCAAGACAUCCACUCUGUGGGCUCUCUCUGCAAGCUGUACUUCCGAGAGCUGCCAAACCCUCUGCUCACCUACCAGCUGUAUGAGAAAUUCUCUGAUGCCGUUUCUGCAGCAACAGAUGAAGAGAGGCUGAUAAAAAUUCAUGAUGUCAUCCAGCAGCUCCCCCCGCCACACUACAGAACACUGGAGUUCCUGAUGAGACAUUUGUCUCUUCUGGCUGACUACUGCUCCAUCACAAAUAUGCAUGCUAAAAACCUAGCAAUUGUUUGGGCUCCAAACUUGCUAAGGUCAAAGCAGAUAGAAUCUGCCUGCUUCAGUGGAACGGCGGCCUUCAUGGAAGUGAGGAUUCAGUCUGUGGUUGUCGAGUUCAUCCUCAAUCACGUGGACGUGCUCUUCAGCGGCAAAAUCAGCGCAGUCAUGCAGGAAGGGGCAGCUUCUCUGUCAAGGCCCAAGUCCCUGCUGGUGUCCUCCCCGUCCACUAAGCUGUUGACAUUGGAGGAAGCCCAGGCGCGGACACAAGCUCAGGUCAAUUCUCCAAUUGUGACUGAAAAUAAAUACAUUGAAGUUGGAGAAGGACCUGCGGCACUUCAGGGAAAAUUUCAUACCAUAAUUGAGUUCCCACUGGAAAGAAAGAGGCCUCAAACCAAGAUGAAGAAGUCUCCCGUUGGCAGUUGGCGCUCCUUUUUCAACCUGGGGAAGUCGUCUUCCGUGUCUAAGCGGAAGUUGCAGCGCAACGAGAGCGAGCCUUCAGAGAUGAAAGCUAUGGCCCUGAAAGGUGGCAGGGCAGAGGGAGCCCUCCGUUCAGCUAAAAGUGAGGAAUCUCUUACUUCUCUCCAUGCAGUUGAUGGUGAUUCCAAGCUCUUCCGACCCAGAAGACCCAGAUCCAGCAGUGACGCUCUGUCUGCCUCAUUUAAUGGAGAGAUGCUGGGGAACCGCUGCAAUUCCUAUGACAAUCUGCCCCACGACAAUGAGAGUGAGGAGGAGGUCGGGCUGCUCCACAUUCCAGCCCUUGUGUCUCCGCAUUCAGCCGAGGAUGUUGACUUGAGCCCACCGGACAUCGGAGUAGCCAGCUUGGAUUUUGACCCAAUGUCCUUCCAGUGUAGUCCUCCCAAGCCUGAAUCAGAAUGUCUGGAGAGCAGUAUUUCCUUUUUAGAUUCACUAGGAUACUCCAAGGAUAAAUCCUGUGCCAGUAAAAAGGAUGUAGAAGCAGGUGGUAGCCAGUCUCAGACGCCAGGAAGCACUGCAAGCUCUGAACCGGUCUCUCCUCUUCAGGAGAAACUGAGUCCGUUCUUUACUCUGGACUUGAGCCCAACCGAAGAGAAAUCAUCUAAGCCAUCCUCGUUUACAGAAAAGGUUGUCUAUGCUUUCUCCCCAAAGCUGGGAAGGAAAUUAAGCAAAUCACCUUCUAUGAACAUAUCUGAGCCAAUUUCAGUGACCCUUCCACCUCGGGUGUCAGAAGUCAUUGGUGCAGUCUCAAAUCCUGCAGCUCAGAACACAUCGUCUCCAACCUGGGACAGAAGUAUUGAAGAAAGUGAUGUCACAAAUAGAUCCCCCACCCAGAUAGUAAAGAUGAAAACAAGUGAGAGGGAGGCCCAAGAAGGAUGCGAAUCUGACGUCCAGCCCCUGGGCCAGGCGGCUGCUGAAGAAAUAGAGUUGCCAGGGAAGGAGGAGCAGUCUGUCUGCAGCAGUCAGAGCAAGGCUGUGGCUGCUGGACAGACUCAGACAGGAGCAGUUACCCAUGACCCCCCUCAGGAUUCCGUUCCUGUCAGUUCAGUCUCUCUUAUCCCACCACCACCACCUCCGAAAAAUGUUGCCCGAAUGUUGGCGCUAGCAUUAGCUGAGUCUGCACAGCAAGCUUCAACCCAGUCCCUGAAGAGACCCGGGAUUUCCCAGACUGGCUACACAAAUUACGGAGACAUUGCAGUGGCUGCAACGGAAGAUGCAUUUCCCAGUUCCUACUCUAGCGUUGCUCUAGAUAAAGCCUAUUUCCAAGCGGAUCGAUCAGCAGAUCAGUCCCAGCUGCAGAGCCGUGUGCCAGGGGACUGCGACGUGCCUCUCCAGGAGUCUGUUGCUGGGGAGGACCCUCCUUCCAGCACAGCUGAGUCUGGGGAGCAGCUCCACCAAGUGCACAUAGCAGGGGAGCAGCCACAGCGAUCCCACGUGUCUGGGGCCCCAGAAAAGGCCAGAAUCACUUCGGUUGUACCAGACUCAGAGCGGUGUGACGAUCACGUGAGUGUCCCUGAAGAACAGUCAGGGAAGACCAGUGUGCCGACUGUCUCCUUCGCGGAUCAGGAAGAGCCUCCAGCCCGUUUCUGCAGCGGGGAUCAGCCUCCUCCUUUUCUCGGUGCAAGUGUGGAUAAGACCCAUCACCCUUUAGAACCUGCAGACAAAUCUCCCACACCUUCUGAUUUGCCUAGGGACAAAAGCUACCCUCCUUCCAGGACCCCCGAAGAUAAUACCAGCAUAGCCUCCAUGGCUUACGUGACAGCAGCAGCUGAAAUAAGCCCCAGAGAAGUCAACUGGGAUGUGGUUGAACAGUCCACUACUGCUGGCUUUGCUGCCACUGGCUUUACUGCUGCAACCCUCCAGCGCACACAGAGAACUAACCGGCCCCUUCCCCCACCUCCUUCCCAGAGGUCAACAGAGCAGCUGCCAGUCGCGGGGCAAGUACAAGCAGCAGCCGGUAUAGGAUUAAGUAACUCUCACAAGGUUCAAGGUGUAGCUCCAGCUCCAGAGAGGCCACCUGAACCCCGAGCUCUGGAUGAGCCUACACCUGUCUUUGUCAGUGAUGGUAGCGCUGCUGCCCAGUGUCCCAUGGCUACCGCUGCUCUCCAGCCAGGCCUGCCUGAGAAAGUGCGGGACAGCGCCAGGGCCCCACUGCUGCACCUGCGAGCCGAGUCUGUCCCCGUGCACUCCUGUGGCUUUGCUGCACCAGUACCCCCUGCCAGGACGGCAGAGAGUAAGCUCACUGCUGUCAUGCACUCCAACAGUGCGGAUGCCACCAGCAGUCCAAAUUACCACUCCUUUGUCACUUCUUCAUCGGCCUCUGUAGAUGACGGGAUGCCUUUGCCACCUCCUGUGCUACAACCCAAGCAUGCUGCUCAGAAAAUAGUGUACUCCUCCUCCUUUGCUAGGCCUGAUGUCACCACCGAACCCUUUGGUCCGGAAAACUGUUUGCAUUUCAGUAUGACUCCAAACUGCCAGUACCGUCCCCAGAGUGUACCUCCACAUCACAAUAAAAUGGAGCAACACCAAGUGUAUGGUGCCAGAUCAGAGCCACCAGCCUCUGUGGGGCCUCGUUACAACACAUAUGUGGCCCCAGGAAGAAACGCAUCUGUACACCACUCCAAGCCAUGCAGCCGGAUCGAGUAUGUGUCGAGCUCUUCUGUGAGGAGUACUUGUUACCCUGAAGAUAUUCCACCAUACCCUACCAUCCGGAGGGUCCAGUCUCUCCACGCACCCCCAUCUUCCAUGAUUCGCUCUGUUCCCAUUUCACGGACAGAGGUUCCCCCAGAUGAUGAACCAGCCUACUGCCCAAGACCCCUGUACCAGUACAAGCCAUAUCAGUCCUCCCAGGCCCGCUCGGAUUAUCACGUAACGCAGCUUCAGCCUUACUUUGAGAAUGGACGGGUCCACUACCGGUAUAGCCCAUAUUCCAGUUCCUCUUCUGGCUCCUAUUACAGUCCAGAUGGGGCCCUGUGUGAUGCGGAUGCCUACAGCACAGUACAGCUGAGACCCCUUCACCGCCUACCCAGUCGUGAUUUUGCUUUCUACAAUCCUAGGCUGCAAGGGAAGAGCUUGUACGGUUAUGCUGGGUUGCCUCCUCGCCCACGGGCCAACAUGACCGGCUAUUUCUCUGGUAAUGACCAUCAUGUAGUCAACAUGGCGCCAGCUGCUGAUGUAAAGCACACCUAUGCCUCUUGGGAUCUUGAAGACAUGGAGAAGUACCGCAUGCAGUCCAUCCGCAGAGAGAGCCGUGCUCGGCAGAAGGUGAAAGGGCCUGUCAUGUCGCAGUACGAUAAUAUGACUCCAGCUGUGCAAGAUGACUUGGGUGGGAUCUAUGUCAUCCAUCUGCGCAGCAAAUCAGAUCCUGGGAAAACUGGACUUCUUUCAGUGGCAGAGGGCAAGGAGGGGCGGCACCCACCCAAGGUCAUCAGUCCUGAGGGAGAUGACCGCUUCUACAGGAAGCACACAGAGCCAGAGUUAGACAGAACCCACGCCCACGCAGGGUAUGGCAGCACGCAGGGAGAGAAACCCUCUCUCCCACAGAAGCAGAGCAGCCUGAGGAACAGGAGGCUUCACGACGUGGGUUGCAGCCUCCCUGAGCACAGGGCACAUCCGGAAGCAAGCCAUAGGCAGUUAUGUGAAUCGAAAAAUGGGGCUCCUUUCCUGCAGGGAGCUGGACAGUUAGAUUAUGGGCCCAAAGGAAUUCCAGACACGUCGGAGCCAGGGAGUUACCAUAACUCUGCAGGGAAAUAUGGUCCAGCAGGUCCGGAGUCUUUGAGACUGAACCACAAGGAGGUGAGGCUUCCCAAAGAGCUGGAGCGGCCUCGAGCCAGGCAGCCUCCGGCCUCAGAGAAACACCCCAGAGACUGCUACAAGGAGGAAGAGCACUUCACACAGUCCACGGUCCCACCUCCUAAGCCCGAGAGGAGUCACAGCCUCAAACUCCAUCACACCCAGAACGUGGAGAGGGACCCCGGUGUGCUGUACCCAUACCAAACACAUGGCAAGCGCCAGAGCAAUAUGACUGUCAUGUCCCAGUAUGACAACCUGGAGGAUUACCACUCCCUGCCUCAGCACCAGAGGGGGGGCUUUGGAGGGGGAGGCCUGGGGACGUACGUGCCCCCUGGCUUUCCCCACCCACAGAGCAGGACAUACGCGACAGCUUUGGGCCAGGGGGCCUUCCUGCCCACAGAGCUGGCCUUGCAGCAUCCUGAAACACAGGUCCACGCAGAAUGAGCCCUGGGAGCAAUAGAGUCGAAGCAGUCUCUGCUGGACAGUGGACUGUUCUAUUUUUUUCAAUAACCAAAAAGAUUAAAAAAACAAAAAAAAAAUGCUACAACCCCCUGGUCACAUUUAAAAAACAUAAUAAAAGUAAACAAAUCAGCAUCUCCCCCCCCCCUUCCCUGCCUCAUUACCACCUCUUCCAUCUAUAGACUGUAUCGUUUUUGUCUUUUAAAAGCGAGCUGAAUGGUUGUAAAGCACUGUGUUGGAAACUGAGUAAAGACUUUGUCAGAGACCACACUUGCCACAUAGGGCUAAUUUGUAAGAGCCUGAGGGCUGCCUGUAGCUGAAUUUGAACCUAACUCUCUCUUGGCUUCUUAGUCUUUGCUACCAAGUCCAGAGCAGUUUGCAUCUGUUUCCUGGUGGGCUGUGACACUUACUGUUGUGUUCCCCCUUCUUCUGCAGCUACACAGCUUGCCCAGUGGGAUGCUCCCUCUUCUCCUUCAUUAGCCCUCGGCUGAGAAGGGGCUUGUGUGUUAGAUGAGAGUGGAAGGAAGCUCUUUGGUCCUUCAGAACAAUCAGUCAGACAAUUAGAAGCAUGACGGUAAAAAGCAGGGAAGUCUUUAAAUUAAACAUACUAAAGAGUCAUCAUAAAACGUGGGACCAUUCGACUCAGGCUGAACUGUAUGCUCUUCCCAGUCUUUCUUUCCAUGCUUGUUCCUCACAGUUCAAGAACAGGCUCGUACCACUGCAGAAGGCUUAUUUUGUUUGUUUGUUUUUUUAAGUUAGAAUUUGAGGAAACUUCUUAGGUGGGAGAAAGUGAAGUUCUCAUUGUCAUUGCACUGUGUUAGCAGCAGAAAGUUGUCAGUGCUUUGAAUGUGUUGCCUGCCUUCAGGGUUUCGUGCUCAACAACGUUUGGUAAAUGAGAAUCUCAGUACAAAUAUUUCAGACCCCAUUUGUUCUCUUAAAUUAGCAACUUGCUUUUUUUUUUUUCUUUAAUUAAAAAAAAUCAACAUGGUUUGGAUAAACCCACAUUAUUUAUCUUGGCCAUAAAUUUACAUGUUAAAUUUUGUUUCUGAACCAGGAUACAGGAUCCCUGGGAAUGUAGCUGUGUCGUCUGUUAGGAAACUGCUAGUUCCCACAAUAACCACUUCUACACAGCCCCUCUUCAGCGGAGGCUUUCCCAGGCAACCGCUGUUUAUGUCCUGAGCAGUUACAUAGACUUCACUUCCUCUGGUCUUGUGAGAUCAGUCUUAACAUAACUGUCAUUACACCAGCAUUUCAGGUACAGCUCUUUAUAACUUCGUGAGCAUGUGACUUUGUUUUGAAAGCUUCAUUCCUUAUUAUAGUAAGAACAGGACACUUCUCUAGCUCAACUCCAUUCUGUUUCCUGAGUCCACCUCGCCACAGAUACGCCAGACUAGACCAGCAAGGCAGUCCUGAAUUUACAAUAUAAGGUUAGGAUAUCGUUUCAUUCCAUAACUCUUAAUAAUACUUGAGUUUUAUACAUUCGUACAUUUUAAAUACUCACUUUAUAGAAGACACUAGGAGAUGUCAUUCCAUUUAAUGGAUGGUUGCUGCUCUGGCUUUUUAGAACUUGGAAUUAACUUUUAUUUAGGGCAAAGGAAGAAAAUUUUUAAGAGGCUAAAAUCAUGCUGCUAUUGUUGCAAAAAAAGUCAUUACAUUAUAAGAAUUUAUAUUUAGUAAAAGAAAAAGUUUUAAGAACAACACAAUUUAUAUCUGGAAGUACUCUAUAAGGUCUUCUUUUGUUUCCCAGAAUUAAUUGGAGGGCUGAAAUAAAGACCAUGGUAUAAUUCUUGAGCCGGUGGUGAUAAGGGACAAGGUCUGUGGGAGGUUAGGCCUUUACAUGGAAGGUGGAAGCCCAGCUAGCGUAGUCAGAACGUUGGAAAGUCUGGUAGGAAAGUUCCCCUUGGCACACGGGCACAUCCGCUGCUACAUACUGGACUUUGCUCUUUGGUGAAUAUGUAGCAAUUAUUUUUUUUUAACCAUGACCAUCUUUUUGUCAAGUAGGCAACUCUUUGUCCCUUGGAGAGCACACCAGCCCUGCAGCUUCUCACCAACUGUGGAGGUUAGGAAGAGAAGCUGGUGUGCACAUGGCUGUAGUAACCGAGGGUCCAAAAUGAAGUGGCAGAGGAAGGCCAGUGCAGCUUUAAUGUUUGUGGAUUUGUUGUCACACACAUUGUUCACUCCUGAAGCUAAAGUCCCUUUUAUAAAUAUGAAGGUUAAUUCCUCAGAAAAACUCCUUUAUUAAUAGUACUGUGGGUUUUGAAGUAUCAGGUAAUUAUUUUGAAUAGAGAAUGGCGACUCAAAUUACAGAAGUGUUGAAACACAAACUUUAGAUCCAAUCUAGAGGUGUUUCGCUCAGUGUAUGUAGCAAGAGCCUUAACUUUGGAUUUGGUUGUCUAAAAGACCCUGCCCACAUUUUCCCUCUCUGAUCCUGAGGGGUAGACAUCGGAUGGCAAAUCACUGUGAACCGCUUACCUCGGCGUCGUUCCCCCUGCGGUGUGACUUCACAAAUAGGGCCAGUGAAUGUUACUGCUUUCAAGUGUUGCCAUGGAGCAUUGCCAUCAAGGGACUGGAGCGCCUUAUGCAUGCAACCCAUCAUCCUUUAGAUGUUCUCAGAGCCGUGUCUCCAGAUUUUACAUUUGGGGCAGAAUUCUGAUUCCUUAGUGUAGUUUGAAGUAUUUACUGUUUAGGCCCUGGCAGUCUGGCUGGAAACUUUCCUACCAGCCCCACAGAUGCCAUUUUCUUCUUAAUAGAUUUUAUCUGAGCCUUAUUUCUUACUAUAUUCACUUAACAUGAAAGUUUUAAACAUGAAAGUUCCUGGGUUGGUCCCAAGGGUAGGGCCUGCACGUUUCUUAUACUAGCAAAGCAUUUUUUAAAAUUUAGGGUGAGGUUGAACAUUUUUAGGGCUAACUAUGUAAAGAGGGGCCUUUCACAUGAGAGGGGGUACAGUAGGUGAUCAUGCUGUAAGCAGUAAUAACAUAUCCAUUGUAAACUUGAAAUUUGCCCCUUUAGUUAAAGCAGGAGUCUGCCAAGUCCAGUUUCUCCAGCCCUGUCAGUCACCCAUGUGGUAAAGUUAGCAGAGUCUCGCCUGAGCAGAGUGUGCAAGGAGAUCAGUUGAGAGAGCGAAGGUAUGUCAGAAGGUGACUUCCAAAUGGUGAGAGGCAUGUGAAUCUCAGUGCUAUGUGUUCCGGAGGUGUCAGGCAUGGUGUGUCGUAACGUGUGCAAGAUGGUGUCAGUGUGCGCAGAGGGUCUUUAUUCCUUACCUGAUAAGUACUGUUAAUGUUCAAAGAAUAAAAAUGGUUGUUUUACAGUUUAGAUUCUGAGAUAGCAAAACCUGAUUUUUUCAACCAUGACCUGCAUGAGAGAAGCAUCCUAGGAAGUCUUAGGUCAUACUUUUGAGUUCUUAACGUUAAUUUAUAUAGUGGUUUUUUUUUUUUUUUACGUUUUAAUAUUUUUUUGUGAACUGGUGUAAAUUGUUAAUGCAUAUAAGCUUAUGUAUUUUUGUAAAUAGUUUUGUGAUUUAUUUCUUGCCCUGUAUGUAAAUAUUUAGAACCUCAUUUCUUCCAAACUUAUUUGAAGCUGAGUUGUGGGUUUGGGGUUUUGGUUGGUUGGUUGGUUGGGGGGUGGGAGAGAAGGGGUUUUGUACUUGGAGAUAUCUUGUGGUUUAAAGCAAAUGUCCCACUGAAAGCAAUUCAAAUAUCAACAGAAUUAUUUCAGGUUAAAACAGACUUCUGUGUGUAUUGUGUUUCCUUUUUUACCUAAUAUGAUCUGUAGUAAAACAGAUGGGGAGUAAUUUGGACCAAAAGAAGUGUGUUGUGUGUAACAUGGGCUGUUACACCCACGGGGAUAUUAUCUGAGGAAAGGGGUAGAACUGCCCCCUGUGUUUUUGUUUUUUUGUUUGGUUUGGUUUUUAUCUGUUUUUCUCAGUGCACUGCCUGGCCAGAUGUCCCCCAGGCCAACUCUAACCUCCUUCGGGCUGUACAGGCCUCUCACUCUGCACUGGGAAGUACAGGUGACCUACAACCUGAGGGCUGUCCUCAGGGAUACGCGCUGCUGCCGUCUGGCUCCCACGGUAGCAGUUCCCAGGAAGCCGAAUCGGCCUCUCCUCUCAGCGUCUUCCAGAACGGGAUUGUGAAUAAAAAACACAUUUUAAAAAGAU